AUGAAAGCUGGCAAUAUUUACAUUAAUUCCUACAAUGAUGUACAUCCCCAUGUUCCGUUUGGAGGUUUUAAUCAAUCUGGGUAUGGACGUGAAAAUGGAGAGGCUGCAAUUUGGAAUUAUACACAAAUAAAAAUCGCAACACUUCGUGCCUUUUACGAAUUGGGAGAACGAAGCAAAGAUGCCGAAAUAUUGAGCUCAUUUGUUGAAGCACAUUUUGAUGCCCCUGGACAUGAACUACAAGAAACAUAUCCUGAAGAUUGGGUGCCUUUUCCGAAUAGUUUUACCAACAUUGACGAUUAUCAACUUCGACGUUGGGCAUUGCAUUUGCACCGAAUUUGGCGUGAUCUUUGCAGAAGGGUAAAGGACGAUGUUCGUCUUCAUCAAGAGCGUUAUUCUUUACUUUACGUUCCCCAUCCAUUUAUUAUUCCUGGUGGCCGUUUUAAAGAAUUUUAUUAUUGGGAUUCUUUUUGGAUAUUGAAGGGACUUCUUUUUUCUGAAAUGUAUGACACAGCAAAAGGAACGAUUCUCAACCUUAUCUACAUGGUGGAAAAUCAUGGUUUUGUACCUAAUGGAGGGAGAGUUUAUUAUUUGAGUCGGUCACAACCUCCACUUCUCACUCCAAUGGUUUAUGAAUAUUUUCUAGCAACUGGUGAUGUUGAUUUUGUUCAACAAGUUCUACCCGCACUUGAAAAAGAACAAACUUUUUGGAAUUUAAAUAGAGCACGGUCUUUUCUUGAUCCGGAAACGAAAGAAGAAUUAUUUCAAUAUUAUCAAUAUCGGGCGGCAAUGAAAUUUCCGAGACCCGAAAGCUAUAGAGAAGACAUGGAAAUGGUGAAAGGAUUGAAUACGGAUGAAGAACGUGAACAAAUGUGGUCUAAUUUGGCAUCGGGUAUUUUUUUAUUUUUUUUAGAACUGGGCCCUUAUGACUCUUCUUUUCCCUUUUCAUCCUCUCAUAUCUAUUUUUGGCAACUAAAUUAA